AUGGUUUCUUCAAUCAGACCGAGAACCCCAAGUGCUGGAACUUCACCAUCACAUGCCACUGGAAGAUUAGCAGGAAUACCAGAAAACGGAAAGAAUAAUAACCCAAAUCCACCUCGUCGUUCUAGCCUUGGUUUAAUACUCCUUCGUCGACCUAAAUCAGGAAAUUUAAGUUCAAAGCAUAAGAAAGAUCUUGCUCAAGUGCAAGAGCAACAGCGUGAAAGAUUACUUCGCGAAGCAGCUGCGAUUCCAAGAUCUCCACCUCGUCUUCCUGAUCUUGCUGAACCUACACACUUUCCAUCCUUUGGUGGUGAAGAUAGACCGGAUUCGGCGACUUCUGAAAAGAGUGGUCACGGUGUACGAAGUUCAUCAAUGGAUCCUCAAGUCAGAUCAUACACAAUGAGUAGCACACUCAGUGUGCCAGUUCCUCCAAUUCCUUCGGGUGUUAGGAAUGGUGGCUGGAUUGAUCCUUAUGCAAGAACAGAGAGCAUGACACAUCGUGGAAGAUAUAGUUAUGCAAGCAGUGCAGUGAGCACAGUUAAUAGUCCUCGCAGAAUUCGAAGACGCAAAGAUCCUACUCCAUUCAAUGUCCUCAUUAUCGGCGCACGCGGUGCUGGCAAGACAUCUUUCCUCAAUUUCCUCAAAACCUCCCUCGCUCUACCUCCUAAGAAGAGAUCGAAACCAGAGCCAUUGGCUGAUGAUAUAUUUGCUCCACGCACCUCGAAGUCUGGAAAAUUCCUCUCACAUUAUCUCGAAUCAGAAGUCGAAGGUGAACGUAUUGGUUUGACAUUGUGGGAUUCAGAGGGCUUGGACAAAAAUGUUGUUGACCUUCAGCUCCGUGAGAUGUCUUCAUUUCUCGAAAGUAAAUUCGAAGAAACUUUCACAGAAGAAAUGAAGGUUAUGAGAGCUCCAGGUGUUCAAGAUACACAUAUUCAUGCUGUAUUCCUCAUUCUCGACCCCGCACGCCUCGACCAAAAUAUUGAAGAUUCAAAGAAUGUUACCACAAAUGGAAAUGGACACUUUGGAUCAUAUGGAACAGGCCAUCGUUUGUUCGGUAGUCUUGAUGAAAAUCUUGACUUACAAGUCCUUCGCACAUUGCAAGGAAAAACUACUGUUAUCCCAGUUAUCUCAAAAGCUGACACUAUUACCACGGCCCACAUGACGUAUUUGAAAAAGUCGGUUUGGGAUAGUUUGCGCAAAGCCAAUCUUGACCCACUUGAAGCACUCGGACUAGAUGAUGAACCCGAAAGCCCAAUUAUCGGUCAGAACGGCAUCGAUGAGGGAGAUGAAGAUGCUGAUUCUGAAGAGGGUUCAGGUUCGGGUGGUUCUCCUAAUUCCAAGCGUCUUUCCUCAGGUUCCAUUCGUCGCCAUAAACGCGAAUCGGAAAUCGCCGAGAUUCCAUAUCUACCCCUCUCAAUCAUUAGCCCUGAUAUGUAUGAACCAGAUGUUAUUGGUCGUAAAUUCCCAUGGGGUUUUGCGGAUCCAAUGAAUGCUGAACAUUGUGAUUUUGUACGUUUGAAGGAAGCAGUGUUUGCGGAAUGGAGAGGUGAAUUGAGGGAGGCGAGUAGGGAUCUUUGGUAUGAGGGAUGGAGAACCAGUCGUCUUAAGGAAAGGGAAGGUAUGGCAAGACGAUGA